UUACACUCUUAUUUUGUUUAGUUAUUGCUGAAUAUUUGGUAUUAGUUGUUAAACAUGGGUGAUAGUGGUGAUGAAUACAGUAGGCAACCUCGAGAUAAAUUUCAGCGAGAGAGAAGUGAUCAGUUUGAAAGAAGGGGAAGGGAGAGAGAAUAUGGAAGAGAAAGGAGUCGGGGAUGGAACGCUCCAAUGUCCGGAGGAGAGAUGAAAGGCAACGGGAUGCGACCGAUGGGAGGGGAGGCAAUGCCACGUCAUCGUCCUCCAGAUUAUCCCAUGGGAGGUCCUCCGGACAUGAAGAGGAGGUUUAGUCCUGGGCGCGAAUCUGAGAUGAGAGGAAGGAAAAGAAUGCGUCCAUUUGAACCUGGGUUUGAGGGAGGUUGGGGUGGUGGGUGGAACCGACAACCAUUUCACCCCCGUGACGAGUGGGGGCAAGGGGACCGGGGUUCGGGACACCCCAUGGACAUGCAACCAACUGGACCCAAAAUGUUGACUUUCAAACAAUGGCUGAAUAACCAGAAAGAUGACAUCACUGAUGAGGAAGCCGUGAAAAAUUACACAGAAUAUAAAAUCAACUUUCGCAGACAACAGUUGCAAGAAUUUUUUAUCGCUCAUAAAGAUGAAGAAUGGUUUAAAGAGAAAUACGAGCCAGAUGAAGCCGACAAGCGUUUCUCGGACCAGCGUAGUAGUAUCUUAUGGAGGGCAGAUGUUUAUUCAAAGUUGAUAAAAAUGGAUACGUUUGACUUGGUGGAUAUUGACCUUGCUAAUGAAGAACAUAUUAUCAAAGUUCUCGACAGUGCUGUGAUCCUAAUGGAAGGAGGAAACGAUGAGGAUUUGAAAAUCUUGGAUGAAGAUCCAGCCUCACUGAAUGUGGAUGAUCCUCCACAAACUCUUGCAUCCGAUGCAAAGUCUGAGGAUGCAAAGGAAGAUAAAGAAGAAAAGAAAGAAACAAUUAUGCAGCCCGAUUCACUAACAGAGGAACAAUAUGAGAUGAAAAAGCAAGCUGAGCUGUUUAAACAACUGGUGAAAAAAACAGAAUCCGAAUCAGAACCAGAAAUUCCAUCUACUGGUGAUGGAGAAGGUUUGGAACAACAUGAAACAACUCUGGAGGAUGAACAGAAGAAUCAAUCGAGUGAAAAUGAAAGGAAAUCCGAUACUGAAGACAAUGAAGCUGAUAAUGUGGAGAAACCUACAGAGGAUGGAGAGUUGAAACAGCCACCUAAAGCUCGUGCUUUGCAUCAAACUCACUCCAUAUUCAUGAGGAAUCUUCCACCAUCUGUUAGCAAACUGGAUAUCAUUAAUCUUUGUAAAAGAUUUGCUGGAUUUAUUCGAGUGGCGUUUUCUCAUCCACUUGAAGACAGAAAUCGUUUCUACCGGCGUUGUUGGGUAACAUUUGAUCGGAACGUGAAUAUCAAGGAUAUUUGUUGGAAUCUGAAUAACUUGAGGCUUCGAGACUUAGAGUUAAACCCAGUUGUAAAUCGUGAUUUAUCUCGCCGUGUUCGUCCGAUAUCUGGUAUUGCACAACAUGUUCAAUGUGCAAGAAAUGACUUGCGCAAUGUGGCGCGACUUAUUAUGCAUCUCGAUGGAAAAUGGAAGUUAUGGGAAGACAAUAAAGAGGUAAAAGACGAAGAUAAGAAGACUGAUGAAAAAGAUGAACCUGGCAAUCCUUGGCUGAAGAACAUCUCGGAGUAUUUGGUUGAUGAGAUGGAUGCAGAGGAAGAGGAGCUGGUGGGUGAUACGGGGAAGAAGGAGGAGGGAGAAGAUCGCGAAGGAGCUGCUCCCAUUGUUAAGAUCACAAGGGAUGAAAAACUCAUCAAGGUAUUGGAUAGGUUGUUGUAUUAUCUACGGAUCGUUCAUUCAGUUGAUUAUUACAACGCAAGCGAAUAUCCAUGCGAGGAUGAAAUGCCAAACAGAUGUGGGAUCAUGCAUGCCCGUGGUCCCAUUCCACCUAACCUGCUCACUAAAUCUGAUAUCAACGAAUUCCAAAAGCGUUUCAAUGAUAAGUUGGCCCACAUUCUCAACUUCAAGGAGCAGCUAACAGAUGAAGAAGCUAAAAAACUUGGCCCAAAAGACGAGGAAACAGAAGUGGAAAAAUUCAUCACUGCAAAUACUGAGGAACUGGGAAAGGAUAAAUGGCUGUGUCCUCUUAGUGGAAAAAAAUUCAAAGGUCCAGAUUACAUCCGCAAGCAUAUCUUUAACAAACAUGGGGAUAAAGUUGAAGCUGUGAAAAAAGAAGUGAAAUAUUUCAACAAUUACUUGAUGGACCCCAGAAGACCGGGGCCAAUGGAGGGGCAAGCAGGGAAACCCCCUUCUCACCCAGGUGGACCCCCACAGCAAGGUAUGGGUUACAAUGGACCCCCGCCGCGAGGGUAUGGCCCUCCACCCCCAUCAACACCACCUUUUCGUGGUGAACCAGGACGUGGACAAUACUCCACACCACAAUAUCAUCAGAGACCUCCUAACCCAUAUGGUAACGGGGCUGGACGUACUUACCCACCAAAGGCAGCAAGAAUGGGUGAUCCGUACGCAUCUCGUCCCAUUGUUGGAUACCAAGAUCUUGAUGCACCAGAAGACACCGACUUAUUCUAGAAGUGACAUCAUCAAAAUAUCAAACAAAAAAUAAUCUUGUUCAAAAAGAGCCAUCAUGGAAUAGCAAAAAUCUAUCAAACGAAAACUCUGUUUAAAGCAACAGUUGCUAUAGUUAAAAACUUGUAUAAAACAUCACAACCAAAUCUGAAA